AUGACUAGACUCUCUACCCUUUCCAAAACCUUGUCGACUAAAAAUGCCAAUGAAAUGGAACUUUUCCAAAUGGAUGCCGAUGACUUCGAUCUCGCCAAAAUAUUAAAAUACCUAGUGAAUUUCAACGAAAAUAAUGGUUAUGAAAACAAUGAAGUGGAUGUGGUGUUCAAGGAUUUGACGGUGAUUGGUAAAAACAAUGCCGCUUCAGUUCUAAGAGACGUUUCUGAUGUUUUUUUCAAGCCUUUUGUUCUUUUAUACAACAGAUUAAAGCGCAACAAAGAGCAGACUUUUGAUUUCAAGAGUUUACCUAAAACGAGAAAGAUAAUAAGAGGUGUUACCGGUUUUGCGUCUCCGGGUACUAUUACUCUAGUACUAGGGAGACCAGGUGCUGGUUGCUCAACGUUUCUCAAGGCUCUAACAGGCGAGGUUCAGACCUAUAAAGGUGUCGAGGGUACUCUUACAUUUAAUGGAAUUGACUGCCAGAAGAUUUUCGACAAUUUAUCGAAUACCUUGAUUUACAAUCCUGAGCUAGAUGUCCAUUUCCCCUUUUUGACAGUAGAGCAAACAAUCAGAUUCGCUGUUGCAUGUAAAACUCCCACCAUCAGAUUUGAUAACAAAACCAGAGAAGAGUAUAUUGAAAACAUGAAAGACUUAUACGAGAUUCUAUUUGGUCUUAAGUUUGUUGAGAAAACCCUUGUUGGUAGCGAUUUUAUUAGAGGUGUUUCUGGCGGUCAGAGAAAGAGAGUUUCGAUUGCGGAAGCCAUGGUUACAAAUGGUAAUGUUUACUGCUUCGACAAUGCAACAAGAGGAUUAGAUUCUUCAACUGCCUUGGAGUUUGUACAAGCUUUGAGGACUUCUACCAAUAUUUACAAGACUAGCUCGGUUGUUACUAUCUACCAAGCAUCUGAAAAUAUCUAUCAACUUUUUGACUUUGUCACUGUUCUCUACUUAGGAAGACAAAUUUAUUUUGGACCCAUACAUGAUGCUGUGAAUUAUUUCGAGAAUUUAGGUUUUGCUAAACAUCCUCGUGAAACAAGCUCGGAAUUCUUGACUUCAAUCACUGAUCCAUUAGCGAGGAAAAUUGACCCGUCUUUCAAAGAUAAGAGUUUGAUUCCCCAAACAGCCGACCAGUUUGAAGCUGUGUGGCGUAAUUCUGAAGAAUUUAAAAGCUUGCAGAAUCAAAUCGACGAGAGACUUUCAGAAAAAAACGAUGGUGAUACUGAAUUCCAUAAUUUGAAACAAAAUCACGAGCUAAUAAAACAAAAAUAUACUUCCAAAAAGUCACAAUACACUAUUAACUAUCUUUCCCAACUUAAAGAAUGUUGUAAUAGAAGAUUCCAUAUUGCGAUCAAUAACCGUGCAUAUCCUGUCACCCUAAUUUUUGCGGCAAUCAUGCAAUCUUUAGUGACUGGUUCGUUGAUGUACAAUAUAACCUCUGAGACUGUUGGCGCCUUUUCUAAAGGUGGUGUUCUUUUCUUUUCCUGCUUAUACUUUGCGCUUAUGACAUUGGCUGAAACUCCUGCGUUAUUCCUGGACAAACCAAUUUUGAAUAAGCAGUAUGGAUACAAAUUGUACCAUCCAUCUGCCGAGUUACUUGCAAAGCAUUUGGUGCAAUUCCCCGUCAGGCUCAUUGCUAUUACUUGUUUUGCUAUCAUUAUAUACUUCUUGACUCACCUGAAAACAGAGGCAGGUGCAUUCUUUCACUAUUAUUUGUUCAUCAAUUUAGUAGUUCAGGCCGUCAGUGGAUUAUUUGUGAUGUUAGCCUCUUUGAUGCCAAAUGCCUCUGCUGCUAUGGGCAUUUGUGGCAUUUCGAUGAUCUCAAUGGUUAUCUACUCGUCAUAUAUGAUUCAAAGGCCAUCAAUGUAUUGGUGGUUCAAAUGGUUUUCUUAUUGCAACCCGGUAUUGUAUGCUUUUGAGUCAAUGAUUUUAAUGCAAUUCCACAAUUUGAGAAUGGCAUGCUCACCGUUUGAAUUGAUUCCCUUUGGGCCAUCUUAUGCUAACAUCAAUUCCCGACUAAAUCAAGUUUGCGGUUUUGUUGGCGCUGCUAAAUCGAAACCUUUAUAUGAUGGAGCUAACGAUGUUAAAGGUGAUAUAUACUUGGAAUUAGCUUUCACUUAUACAUUCAAUCAUGUCUGGAGAAAUUUUGGUAUUAUGUUUGCUUUCAUUAUUGGUUAUAUCGCAAUAUCAUGUCUUAUUGUUGAAAAUUUCAAUCCGAUUGUGGCAUCCUCUGAUCAACUGUUAUUCAUUAAAAAUGCUAAAAUAUCCAAGAGAAUGUUUGAGCAUCUUAGACAACUUGCUGCUGAGGAUGAUAAUGAGGUGGAUUUAGAGAAGCAUGAAGAUGAAGAUUUUUUGGUGACCGUGGAUUCUCUUACAAACAGCUCGCACGAAGGAAAUUCCGUAAAUUCUCACAAGUUAGGAUCAAAUAACAUUUUUACGUGGAAAAAUAUUGACUAUGUUGUUCCAUAUGAAGGUGAAGAAAGAAAACUAUUAGAAGAUGUUCAAGGUUAUGUUCGUCCUGGAAGUUUGACUGCUUUGAUGGGUGAGUCUGGUGCUGGAAAAACUACUUUGUUGAAUGUUUUAUCCAGACGUACAGAUGUAGGUAUUGUUACCGGAGAUAUGCUAAUCAAUGGUAAGCCGAUGGGUCAAUCAUUUGAGAGGAGAACUGGUUAUGUUCAACAGCAGGAUUUGCAUAUAGCAGAACUAACUGUCAAAGAAUCGUUGUUGUUCAGUGCCAGGUUGAGAAGACCAAUGAGUGUUCCUGAUGAGGAAAAAAUUGACUAUGUCAACAUGGUCAUGAAGUUUCUACAUAUGGAAGAUUAUGCUGAUUCUAUUGCAGGUAUUUCUGGAUAUGGUUUAAAUGUUGAACAAAGAAAGAAGCUAUCUAUUGCUACUGAAUUAGUAGCCAAACCCUCUUUGUUGUUGUUUUUGGAUGAGCCAACUUCUGGUUUAGAUUCUCAGUCUUCAUGGGCGAUUGUUCAGGUAUUAAAGGAUUUAGCAAAAGCAGGUCAGGCUAUUUUGUGCACAAUUCAUCAACCAUCUGCCACUCUUUUUGAACAAUUUGAUAGGUUAUUGUUAUUGAAAAAAGGUGGACAAACAGUUUAUUUUGGAAAUAUUGGCCCAGAUUCUAGGACCGUCAUUGACUAUUUUGAGAAAAAUGGCGGUAGAGUUUGUUCAAAAGAAGAAAAUCCUGCCGAGUACAUCUUGGACGUGAUUGGUGCAGGUGCAACGGCAUCUACUACCAAUGAUUGGUUUGAUGUUUGGCAGAAUAGUCAGGAGUAUCAAAGUGUCUCAGCCGAAGUUGAUCACUUGGUUCAGCAAGGAUUAACUAUCCAGGAUGAGGAGUCUGAUAAUGCUGACCUAGACUCUACUUAUGCUACGAGUUAUCAGUAUCAAUUGUAUCAAGUCCUCAAUAGAACCUUCAUCCAACUUUAUAGGUCUUUGCCAUAUAUUAUGCCAAAGUUUAUGUUGACUUUACUUGGUGGCUUGAUAAUAGGAUUCUCAUUUUGGAAUGUCAAACACACUGUUAUUGGAAUGCAGAACGUCAUGUUUGCUAAUUUUUUGACCCUCAUCAUUAGUGCACCGAUAAUGAAUCAGAUGCAAACAAAAGCAAUAUCCUCAAGGGAACUUUAUGAAGUCCGGGAGAGUAAAUCAAAAACAUUUCACUGGUCUUGUCUUUUAAUAUCUCAAUAUGUCAACGAAAUUCCUUAUUGUAUCGUUUUCUCCACCAUCUUUUUUGUUUGUUGGUAUUUCCCGAUUCAACUUGAUAACGAGCCAUCAAGGGCUGGUUUCUGGUGGUUUACCUACUGCUUUUUCUAUCAACUAUACUUCCCAGCAUUUGCUUUGAUGAUAUUGUACGCUGCUCCGGAUUUGCCAAGUGCAAAUAUUCUAUUGGGUUUAUUUUUCAGUUUUACCAUAUCAUUCUGUGGUGUUGUUCAAAGACCCCAAUUGAUGCCAGGAUUUUGGAAAUUUAUGUGGAGGUUAUCACCGCUAACAUAUUUCAUUGGUAACCAGGUUGGAACUCUACUACAUGAUAGGCCUGUUCAUUGCAGUGAAGCCGAGUUCAAUUAUUUGGAUCCUCCAGAUGGAUUAACAUGUGGAAGCUAUUUGAACGAGUAUUUCAGCACAAAUGCUGGUUAUGUUGAAAACCCUAAUGACACUAGCAAUUGCGCUGUUUGUCAGUAUUCUGUUGGCGACGACUUUUUGCACAGUAUUGGGGUUAGUUACAACGAUAGAUGGAGAAAUAUCGGUCUAUUCUGUGCAUAUAUUUGCUUCAACCUUUUCUUGAUGAACUUCUUGUACUUUGUUUUCAGGGUGAAAAGGUUUUCUCCAUUCAAUCUUGUUAGAUUUGUAAAGAGCUUCAAAAACAAAUCAAAGAAGUAA